AUGCCUGAACAGACGAAAACAUGGUGGAACAGCACACCGACGUCGAACCUGACGACGUCGCUGUCGUCUCCAACCACCGCCAGACACGCCCACGAGGGCAAACAGAGGUAUUCCAGGCCUGCCACCUCCCUAUCAGAGCUCACCCGCUCAGAACUCGCUCUGCUGACCCAGAUCCUUCGUGUAGACUUGACCAUCGCCUGUCCCCCCGAUAGCAGCUGCGCGACCCCGUCGGAUACCCGUGCCUACCUGGAGCAGAAUAUCAAGGAGCUGAUAGUCCAGCUUCCGCUGAGCAUGAGAUUAUCACGCGUUCUGCGUCUGUUUGCACGGCUGAAUUACCGGGUCGCGACGCUGUGUCCCGCCCACCGACCCAUCAACCCGCUGGUGAUCGCACACAUCUUCGACCUGGUCGUCAGGGAAGUCACGGUCCAUCUAGCCGUGUUCAACGAGUACCCGGAGGUGCUGGACACCGAGUACGACGUCAGGGUUGCUGUUCGGGACCUCGAACGCGUGCGCGGGAUGUGGAUCAAACCGUCGCCAGAGCGCGGCAUGCCCGUCGGGACGUGGAAGUGGCAGGCUAACAAGUGCGAGGCCUGCAUGCUUUCCCGGAUCGUGUCGGACCGUAUCUUCCUACGCCAGUUGAGGGUCACCAUGCUGAGUCGGACGCGCACCAGGCACAACCAUCGCGCACCCCGGUUACUGCCCUUUAUCGAAGCCGCCAUCAACCAGCACAGACAGCUGUGCAUGGAGCUUCUCCACGAAAGCAGCAAACGCGCGGUGGAGAUGAAGCGAGUGCGGAAGGUGGUGAAUAGAUUGCACAAGUCGACAGGGCGCCGCCGGGGUUUCAUUCCAGAGUACUACUAUCCCGAGGGCGUCUCUUCGUCUACAACCGGUCCAGAAUGGCCACUCACAAGCACUCACCCUGCAUUCCGGCAUGAAGAGGAGAAGUACCACCAGGAAAGAAACGAUAGAUCAAAGAGUGUCGUUGAUCAAGAUGAGACAACGCUAGUGUUGACAGGCGACGAGGAUAUCUUUGACAUCGACGAAAUCGCCAAACUCUACGCAAGCAUGGGAGUGAGCGAGCAGGAGAGCAGUGACGCUCAAGGUAAAUAUCAAGGUAAACCUGUCUCUUCAGCCACUUCUAACACCUCUGCAUUCAAUGUCCCGCAGAAGAGGCCGAACUGGCUAGCUGCAAUCCCAGAAGAGAAUCAGGACCUCAUUCCGGCACCGCUGCACUUGAGGAAGAAGCAAGAAGAGUCAUGGCCACUGCCUAUAGACUUCAGCGAGCGUAGCGCACACGAGUUUGAGGCGGUCCUUAGGGCCAGAUGUGAGGAUGGCUGGGCGUCUGACUGUAGCUGGGACUGUUCUGACUAUGAGACUUCCGCAAAAGAUGAGUAG